CUUCAGGAAGAACUCGGUCGGGCUCCUGCGCCUUCAGGUCUCCGUCGCUCCCCAGACCCACGAGCGUCGGGUUCCGCGCGCGCCCAGUUCCGCGCGCUGCAGAGAAGCGGCGGCAGCGGGAACCCUGACUACCCCCUUUAGCACGUUCACUAUGAAGUUACUGUUGAUGCUUUUGUUUUCGGGACUUAUGACUGGUUGCAGAGGGAACUCUUCCUCCGCUUCACCAACUAAGUUACUGCUGGUAUCCUUUGAUGGCUUCAGAGCUGACUAUCUGCAGAACUAUGAAUUUCCUCAUCUCCAGAAUUUUAUCAAAGAAGGUGUCUUGGUAGAGCAGGUUAAAAAUGUCUUUAUCACGAAAACGUUUCCAAACCACUACAGCAUCGUGACGGGCCUGUAUGAAGAAAGCCAUGGCAUCGUGGCUAAUUCCAUGUAUGACGUCAACACAAAGAAGCGUUUUUCUGACCACAAUGACAAGGACCCGUUUUGGUGGAAUGAGGCAGUCCCCAUCUGGGUGACCAAUCAGCUUCAGGACAACAGAUCGAGUGCUGCUGCUAUGUGGCCCGGUACCGACGUGCCCAUUCACAAUACCACGCCUUCCUAUUUCAUGAACUACAGCCCCUCGGUGUCAUUUAGGGAAAGGCUCAGUAAUGUCACGACAUGGCUGAGCAGUUCGAACCCACCGGUGACCUUUGCGACACUAUACUGGGAGGAACCAGACGCUAGCGGCCACAAAUACGGCCCCGACGAUAAAGAAAACAUGCGCCGAGUGCUGGAAGAGAUAGAUGAACACAUUGGUGAGCUGGUUCACAGACUCAAGGUGUUAGGACUGUGGGAGAGUCUUAAUGUGAUCAUCACAAGUGAUCACGGGAUGACCCAGUGUUCCAAGGACAGGGUGAUAAACUUGGAUGGCUGCCUCGACCCCUCGUACUACACUCUUAUAGACUUGACCCCGGUUGCUGCGAUACUUCCCAAAAUAAAUAAAACAAAGGUUUAUAGCAAACUGAAAGUCUGUAACCCUCACAUGAAUGUCUAUCUCAAAGAAGACAUUCCUGCCAGGUUUCACUAUCAACACAGUGAUCGAAUUCAGCCUAUUAUUUUGGUUGCUGAUGAAGGCUGGACAAUUGUGCUAAAUAAAUCAUCACUAAAAUUAGGUGACCACGGUUACGAUAAUUCUCUGCCUAGUAUGAAUCCGUUUCUAGCUGCCCAUGGUCCUGCAUUUCACAAAGGCUACAAACACAGCACCAUUAAUACGGUGGAUAUUUAUCCAAUGAUGUGCCAUAUCCUGGGAUUGAAGCCACGUCCCAACAAUGGGACCUUUGGUCACACCAAGUGUCUGUUAGUGGACCAGUGGUGCAUUAACCUCCCAGAAGCCAUCGGAAUUGUUAUCGGGGCGCUGCUGGUCUUGACCACUCUGACCUGCCUCAUCAUUAUCAUGCAGAACAGAGUCUCCGGGCCCCGGCCGUUUUCCCGACUUCAGCUCCAAGAAGAUGAUGACGAUCCGUUGAUUGGGUAACACGUGCCGGGGUUUAUACAAGGUGGCUUUAAGUAGGGCACACCCAAGGAAUGGUGUUAGAGCUAUGAAAACAUAUACUUCCAAAGAACUUGGACCAGGCAUGCUACAGUUAUUUUGUCUUUCCUUGUGUUUUGCUGCAUUAGCUAAUACAAAAAAAAUUCUGAUUGUAGGGAAAAUUGCUAGUAAAUCAUUAGUUAGCACCAACUGUUUCUCUGACAAGAAACUUUUUUGAGAAUAAUACUGCCUUUGCUCCCCCCUCCCUUUUUU